AAAGUUUAUUUAUUUAUUUCACAAACGAAUGCUGCUUGAGAUCUUCGAGAAGCUUUGCAAUAGUAGAAACGAUUCUGUUAUAAACAUUUUACAGAGGCACUAGCACUGCAUAUUUGUUUCUGUGUAACAACGGUGAUUUUAUUUGAUGAGCAAUGUCUAACACUGUUUCUUUUAGUACACAAAUAGGCGCAAUCAUGGAUGUGCUAGCAAAGGCAGCUGUUGCAGAAAUAACCAAAUUUGUAGAUGAGGGUACUGUCGUGCUUCGGCUGGAAAUGUGUCGGAAAGAAAAUGAGAUAGAAGGCCUUCAAAAUAGUUUACAGCUGAUGGAAAGAGAACUGAGGAAAGCUCAAAGGGAAGCAGCAGAACGAGGGACCAAUGAGAGGCAACAUGCUGAGGGAAUUCCGCUUGGAAGUGGGACCUCACAAAAAGGUAAUGAAGAGGACCAGAAAUCCCAAGCCACUCCUGUAGAGGACCCAGAGAAGUUCAAUGAGCUGCAGAGCUCAGGACACCUUGAGGAGGCGAGGGGUGGACUGGAGUUUCUGGUGAAAGCAGAGCAGGUGGAAAAACAUGUAGCCCAGGGAACCAUACAAGACCCAGGAAUCACAGGCAGUUUGGACUUUAGAAUGGAUGAGAGAGAUAGUCAGCUGUGGUUCUCUGUUACACAAGGACUAAGUGGGAAUGAUUCCACUCACCCAGAUGGGUCUUACACUACAGAGAGAUGCUUACAGAUGUUUUCCUCUCAGGCAGAUCAAUAUCCCGCUCCCAUCCCAUCCCAUCCUGCUUCCUGCAACUCUUUGUCUACUGCAGAGAAACCGCUUAAUGACAUUUUCAGCACUGUCCCAGUGAAAGUGGAGCCCGAGUGGCAUCCUCUUUAUAAUGGCGAUGCCAUGUCUGAGUCCUUUCAAGCUGAGCAGGGGCAGUACAGAGAUACUCUGCACCCUUUAGUGAUGGAGGGCUUGAUUUUACAGCCCAGACUGCAGCAGCCAGGACCUUCUUCACAAGGGCUCAUGAGAGCAACUGAGAACACAUCUGAGUCAAACUCGCACAACAAUGAGCAUAUUCUUAAUAAGAACAGAUUGAAAACAAAAAGGAUGGUAAAUGUUUGGAGAGCUGUACCAAACCAGAAAAUGUUCAUAUGCUCAUUGUGUGGAAAGAGCUUCCACCGCCAUUGUCAACUUGAAGCACACCAGCACUCUCAUGCGGGAGUCAAACCAUACAGAUGUCUUGAGUGUGGGAAAAGUUUUACGCAGAAAACCAGACUUAAGUCACAUCAGAGUGUCCACACGGGUGAGAGACCUUUCAGUUGCAGACUCUGUGGCAAGAUGUUUGCAAGGCAGGACAACUGCCAAAGACAUGAGCGAUUUCACAGUGGACAAAAGCCAUUUAGUUGUGUGCAGUGUGGUAAAAGUUUCACGGUUCUCGGUAACCUCAAAAUACAUCAAAAACAUCAAUGUAAAUUUGCCAAUGUCAUAAUGUAAGAAUGCAUGUUGUUCAGUGUUUUCCUCAGCGUUGUACAGUUAACCCUUUUAACUGUCUCUUCUUGAAAAACAUGUUGAACAAUUAUUUCACCUUAAAACCCUAUUACUUACAACUCAAAUAAGAACUUCAAAUUGUUUUUUUUCCAACUUGAUGUUUAUUUAUGAAAUUACAGAGCUCUACCAGGCGGUUGAGAAGUUAAAAGAGGGAAUGCCAUAUUAGAAUUUUACUAAUCUCAACAAUAUUACAUAAAUUACUUGAUAUGCUUCAAGGGCUUUAUAGGAAUGUAAGCAUUGUUAAAUGAGGAUGUCAAAUUUGAACAAAUGGUCAUUUUGUGUGUCAUACCAUGAAUUUUCAGGUUGUGUAUAGUGCAAUCAGGGCCGGCUCCAGCCA